AUGUCUCCCACUACCACCGUCCUCACCACCCCCGCUCCUGGCACCGUCGUCGGUCCAAUUUACGAGUACUCCGAAGAGCAGCAGGCUAAGAUGGCUGAGCUGCGCGAGUAUGCAGGUACUGUCAUGCUUCCUUCUUCAGACGACUACUAUCCUUGGGAACUCCGAUGGCUAAAUCAGCCCGACACAAUCCCUCGGUAUAUGCGCUCAGCCAAGUGGGACCUGCCAGAUGCAAAGAAGCGUAUUCUGGCUACCUUAGAGUGGCGCAGAGAAUUUAAACCUGAUCUUAUUCGACCAGACGAAGUUAAAAUAGAAAGCGAGACGGGUAAAAUCAUCAUCAACGGUUUCGAUAAAGACGGUCGCCCUAUUAUUUAUAUGCGCCCGGGAAGAGAGAACACAGAGACGAGUCCUCGGCAGCUUCGACAUCUUGUGUGGUGUUUGGAGCGCGCUAAAGACUUGAUGCCACCCGGUCAAGAAUCCCUUGUCAUCAUCGUUGACUAUAAAUCAACCACACUGCGUACAAACCCUUCAAUCUCAGUGGCAAGAAAGGUGUUGAACAUUCUCCAGCAACACUAUGUCGAAACCCUUGGUCGUGCCAUCGUUGUCAACCUCCCAUUCCUCCUCAACUUUUUCUAUAAAGGGAUUGCCCCUUUCCUCGAUCCUGUAACCCGGGACAAGAUGCGUUUUAACCCCGACCUCUUUGAGCUCGUUCCAGCAUCACAAUUAGAUGCCGACUUCGGAGGAGAGCAUGAAUAUGAAUUUGAGCCAGAGAGUUAUUGGGACCAAAUUAUCGCCGCUUGUGGGGUAACUCCAGAGGGCACCCGCGUGGAUUUCCCCCCGCCUGGCGUUCACAACACAUCACAGUCGGCUUCUUCCAAUAUUUCGUCAAUUUCCGACAACAAAGUUCAAGCUGACGUCACUGCAAUUUCAGUCGAAGCGGUCGAGAGCGCCCAACCAAUUCAAAUUGCAUCAUAA